AUGGAGGUCUGGAUCCAUGUGUCAUUCAAUCCAAGACCUUUAUUGCCUGGACUACUUAUUUUGGUGAAAGGAUUCGUCUUUUCCACAAGAAUGCAACAGCACACAGAGAUGAACCAUUUGAACGCUUUUCCGGAGGAUGACAACUCCAGCAGCAACAGCAACGACUACGGAUACCAGGACAAGAAAGUGCCACUGGGGAGCCCUUACAACGCAGACUUGGAUGCAGAAAUUCAGAACUUUCUUCCCGACGGCAACCUGGGAAAGAAGAAGUAUGAGUCUGAAUAUCAUCAAGGAAAUGCCUCGUUUGGCAUGUCUGUGUUCAACUUGGGGAACGCCAUCAUGGGCAGUGGGAUCCUGGGUCUGUCCUACGCUAUGGCCAACACUGGGAUUGCAUUAUUUGUCAUCCUCCUGGUCGCCGUGGCAAUCUUCUCACUCUACUCUGUCCAUUUGCUGCUAAAAACCGCCAACGAAGGAGGGGCUCUUGUGUACGAACAGCUCGGUUAUAAAGCGUUCGGGAUGCCAGGAAAACUCGCGGCUUCGUGCUCCAUCACCAUGCAGAACAUUGGAGCUAUGUCCAGCUACCUCUUCAUCGUCAAGUAUGAACUGCCAAUCGUCAUUGAGGCUUUUACGGGAACCAGUAGUGAAUGGUACACUAACGGAGACUACCUUGUCCUGCUCGUGAGUGCCGUGAUCAUCCUGCCACUUUCUCUCCUCAAAAAUCUCGGUUACCUUGGUUACACAAGUGGGCUGUCCCUUCUCUGCAUGGUCUUCUUCCUGAUUGUGGUGAUCAUAAAGAAGUUCCAGAUCCCGUGUCCGCUGCAGAUUAUAGAUGACGCUGUGAUAAACGAGACUUUGAGCAGAAUGAUCAACAGCACGUCCCCGCGCCUCAACCACACCACCGGGGACAACAGCGAGGAUGUGUGCACGCCCAAAUAUUUCGUUUUCAACUCUCAGACUGUGUACGCUGUGCCCAUCCUGACCUUUGCCUUCGUGUGCCAUCCCGCCAUCCUGCCCAUGUACGAGGAGCUCAAAGACCGGUCUCGCAGAAAGAUGCAGGGAGUAGCCAACGUUUCCUUCCUGUCCAUGUUCAUCAUGUACCUGCUGGCCGCUCUGUUCGGAUACCUCACUUUCAAUGUCCGCGUUGAGCCUGAGCUGCUGCACACUUACUCCAAAGUCUACAAGGCUGACGUGCUGCUGCUGAUCGUGCGCCUGGCCGUGCUGACCGCCGUGACCCUCACUGUCCCUGUGGUGCUUUUCCCUAUCCGCACAUCGGUGAACCAUCUCCUGUGUGCCUCUAAGGAUUUCAGCUGGGUACGUCACAUCAUCAUCACCGUGGUGCUUCUGGCCGCAACCAACGCCCUGGUCAUCAUGGUGCCCACCAUCAGGGACAUCUUUGGAUUCAUCGGCGCCUCUGCUGCUGGUAUGCUCAUCUUCAUCCUCCCCUCUGCUUUCUACAUCAAACUGGUCAAGAAGGAGUCCAUGAAGUCUGUGCAGAAGAUUGGGGCCACUGCUUUCUUGAUCUUUGGAUUCUUGGUGAUGAUCGGCAGCAUGACCCUCAUCAUCUUGGACUGGACCACCAAGUCCACAGAGCACAAGGGCCAGUAG